CUUUAGUAUACCUAAGUCAAUUUCAUAUUUUUGUUACUAAUAUUUUUAUUACCCUGUAAAAAUGAACCAAAACAUAAUUAAAACUGGAGAUGUUAUUCUGACCAAUGAUUUUCUAGGAAUUGGACAUUAUUAUUUUAACAAAAUAAAAGAAUAUGCUUCACAAAAUAAAAUAGCACAGAUUGUAGAAAAUACUGGCGAAAAUGAUUCUUACGAGUCUUUGUUAAAAAGAUGCAUAAGAACAUCAAUGUUUUUACAAAAAAUAGGGAUUAAAAAGGAUGAUGUCAUAGCACUUAUUGGGCCAAAACACGUUCAUAGUGUUGUUUCUUUUAUUUCUAGUCAUUUUAUUGGGGCCAUUCCUACUUGCGUGGCAUUUGAUUACCCAGAAAAUGAUAUUAAAAACAUACUGGAAAGUAUGGAACCAAAGAUAAUUUUUACGGAUUCCAAGUGUUUAACAUUUUUAAAAGAAUAUUUAUGUGAUAUAAAAUUGAGUGUAAAAUUUAUUGUGUUUAAUGAUUGCGAAGAAGGCUUUAGUUUUUCCGAAAUAAUCAAACUUCAACCUGGCGAAGAAAACUUUGAACCAGUGAAAAUAGACAACAUAAAAAAUACCGCUAUAAUAUAUUAUAGUAGUGGUGCCACUGGACUACCAAAAGCUAUUUGUCUCAGCCAUUAUGCUAUGUUGGCGUCAGUUAUUUGCUCCGAUCCAAGUGACCCUGAUAUAGAAGCUAUAACUCAUUUAAAAAAACAAUAUUCAAAUGGAUGUCGGUUCUUAGACUAUCAACCUCUUUACUGGAUAUCUUCAGAAAUUUGCAAGUGGAUUCAUGAAGGGAAUACUCGGAUUUUAGUUGAAAAAUUUGAGGCACUUAAGCUCUGGGAAAUUGUUAAUAAGUAUAAAGCUAACUAUACAUUCAUAACACCAAAUUAUCUGAUAGAAUUAAGCAAAUGUCCGAAACCAGGACACCUUAACAUAGAUAGUUUAUGUUUAAUAGUGGUAUGUGGUUUUCACGCAAAGGCAGAGUGUUUGGUUGCUGUUAGAAAAAUGGUGCAUCCAUUAUCUAAUGUAAUAGCAAGAUAUGGUCAAACUGAAUUCAACGGUGGUACUAUUUUUUAUGAUAUCCGUGAUAAAACACAACGAAAAUACAUAAAUGAAAAACUUAAUUCUGUUGGUAUGGUUACAAGAGGACUUAGUGUUAAGAUAGUUGACCUGGACACAAACGAAAUUUUAGGUCCAAACAAAAGCGGUGAAAUUUUGAUGAAAGGUGAAAGAUGCUUUAAUGGUUAUUAUAAAAUGGAUUCAAAGGAUUGUUUUGAUGAAGACGGUUAUUUUAGAACAGGGGAUAUUGGUUACUACGAUGAAGAUAAAUGUUUUUACGUCGUCGAUAGAUUAAAAGGAAUAUUUAAAUACAGUAAAUUUCCGAAAAUUGCUUCAUUAGACAUUGAAAAAGUCUUUAUGAAACACCCUGCUGUUAAACGUGCUGCUGUUUUUGGUUACCCGCAUCCAAUAGAUAAAAAUCAUGUCACUGCUGUGGUCGUUUUAGAAGAAAAUGCACAUGCAACUCCAGAGGAAAUAAGAAAUUUUGUUGACUCAAAAGUAGAGGAUUACAAAAGGCUCAGAGGUGGUGUAAAAAUUGUAAAAAAACUACCUUUAACUCCAACUGGUUAUAUGAAUUGUUUUCCAACUGGUAAAAUCAAAAGUGGAGAUCUAAAGGCUUUAGUGGAUGAACAUUAA